AAGGAUGUCGCUGCUGCCCAACAAGAUCAUCGUCAUCACGGGCGCUUCGCGCGGUAUCGGGCGUGCGUGCGCCCUGGAAUGCGCAAAGCAUGGCGCGACGGGACUCGUCCUGCACUACCUCGGAGAUGAGGUGACAGAGAAGGAGGUUCAGUCGUUGAAGGAGCAAAUCGAAUCAACAUAUCCCAACGCGAAGGCGGUAGCCGUUCCUGGAGAUAUCGCCCAGCGCGAGACUUCUCUGAAGAUCGUCGACGAAGGAGUUAAGGCAUUUGGUCGUUUAGAUGUGCUUGUCAGCAACGCAGGCAUCUGCCCAUUCGCGGAUUUCCUGACCAUGCCACCUGAAACUUGGGAGCGGACACGCCAAGUUAACUUGGACGGUUCAUUCUACAUCACCCAAGCGGUUGCAAAUCAAAUGAAAAACCAGGUGCCGCAGGGGGGGUCUAUCAUCGGCAUCUCGUCAAUAUCAGCUCUCGUCGGCGGAGAAUACCAAUGCCACUAUACCCCGACGAAAGCUGGCAUCCUAUCGCUGAUGCAGAGCUGCGCGGUAGCUCUCGGGAAAUAUCACAUUCGGACGAACGCUGUCCUCCCAGGAACCAUCGAAACCGACAUCAAUAAGGACGACCUGUCCGACGCCGCGAAGCGCGAAGGCAUGGUCAAGCGGACGGCGUUAGGGCGGCUCGGAGCCCCGGACGACAUUGCAGGCCCCGUGGUUUUCCUAGCGAGCGACCUAGCAAAGUACGUGACGGGUGCACAAGUACUCGUAGACGGCGGUUUGUUCGUCAACCUGCAAUAGUUCCAGUUGAGUUAAAGUAGGUUCAUUCUGAUGCGGUUACUAUUCGUAAGCCUACAUUGCCGCUGGCAAGGCUGUUCCGUUGACCACUGCUGGCUUCGCGUCAAUGACGACGGUAAUCCAGCGCGUCCACUCUGGGCCUGGGUUCCUCCAUGCAUGUAUGGUUCCGCGCUGAACGACAGUAUCUCCGGGGUUAUCAAUGAGGGUCUCAGAGCCAUCUUCCAUCACCAGGAUAAUCUUCCCGCUUAUGAGAAUGUUAUGAUCUAGCGAAGAGGUUCGGUGCAUAGGGGCCGUCGCACCGGGCGCAAGCUCCGUGUACUGAAGGUUGACGCCAGACUUCAUGACAAGACCGAGGUCUGCAUCCGGCUUCCGCGUCGCGCCGUCCGUCUCAUCGUUGUUGUCGUCUACCGGUAAAGAGCUAGUUGCCCAGAGGUGCCCAACUCUCGCACCAGGAAAGGCAUUGCCAACCUACGAGGUUACGAUGACCUCCUGGGCCGUACGUUGGCCCAUAUGCGGUUACACACCUCGAAUGAAGGCAUGACGUCGUCGUGCUUCACUGCCGCUACGCCAUCGUCUCUGUGACCGGUAACGACGCGCCGUAGGCCGGAACGAGGGGCCGUAGGGAUGUCAGAAGCCAUGCUCGGGUUUCGUUCAGGUCGCGCUGAUCGAGGUUGGAAGAUGCCCCACCUCCGAUGCGCUUCCUGUCUUGCUUUAUCCGAUGGCUGGUAGUCCCAGGGAGUAGGUCAUAUGGUCAGUGGCGGGCCGUUCGCCUCGACAGUGCCGUGGCACACUGCGUCGAAGAACCGUUGAUGCGGAAUGCCGAGGAGGGUGCGGUAAGGCGUAUUCACAAGCUGACUUGCCAAGCGGCCUUCUAUGCACGUGAGAUAUGUACAGCAGUGUAUUCCUUCUGCUGGUCAUCUGUAAAACCGGUGCGGCACUGAGGAUGAGAUAGACCAG